GCUACGCUCUUACUUUGGUUACACUUACCUGUUCCCUUAUUUAACUUUAGCAAAUUUUGUUAUUAACAUUUAGUUGCUGUCGAACUAACGGUACGCGUGCAACUAAUAACGCAAACACAAACACCAAAAAAAAAAAAAAGAAAAUAAAAACAAAUCAAAACACGCUCUUAUGAUAUUUGCGCCAACACUUCUGCUCCCCGUCGACCCCCCUUGAGAGAGAUAGAUCAUAAGGCGCGUGGCAAUAACUCAUGGCCGCUAGCAAACUUUCAACAGCAAGUGUAACUGUAACGAGAACAAACCCCUUCGAUGGAAUUUGUGCUAAAAUCUCUGCGUUAUACUUUGACUUGGAUAAUACGCUAAUACCAACGCGUACCGGUGACUCUAAAGCAAUUCGCAAGCUCGCCGACGUGUUGGAAACGCAGUACAACUUUACCAAAGAUGACGCCAAUUUGGCCACACAGAACUUUUUAAAAUCGUUUCGGCGCUGUCCGGACAACUCGCAAACAUCGCUGGACUCGUGGCGCACGCAUCUGUGGCGCGAAUCGUUGCAGCAGAGGCACAAGCAUCUGGCCGAGCACAUCUAUCCGCAGUGGCUAAAGCUGCGCUAUCGCUACCUGGCCGUGCCACCGGACUAUGUGCAGCUGUUGCAACGCAUGCGACGCGCCGGCUAUGCGCUGGCGCUCAUCACCAAUGGUCCCUCGAAUGCGCAGUGGGAGAAGGUGGAGAAGCUGCAUGUGCGCGAUUACUUUGACUGCGUGCUGGUCUCAUCCGAUUUGCCCUGGGAGAAGCCGCAUCCGCAGAUAUUCUAUGCCGCCUGCAAUAUACUGCACGUGAAACCGCAAGAGUGCGUCAUGAUAGGCGAUAAACUCGAAACGGAUAUCAAGGGUGGUCAUUUGGCACAGCUGGGUCUGACCUUUUGGACGCCGCUAAGCAGCAGCAGCAGCGCAGCACAGAGUCUGGACGAUGUGGAGUACAAGCCGCAUGUGAAGCUGGGCAAUCUACUUGAGCUCUACAAAUACUUUCCCAGACUCCAAGCGGUGGCUGCAACAUCGGCAACUGCAAACGCAGCGGCAGCAGUGACAAGCAGUCAACGUCGUUGCAGUCAGAUUAAUGCCAACAGUGGCAGUGGCAGCAACAGUGAGCAGCGCCAUCAAUGGCAAUAUAGACGUGGCGGCUCAUUGCCUGCCAUGGAUUGUUCCAAUAGCGAAACAGAAAACAGUUGCGAUAGCUUUCUAUAAGCCACAAAUGUAAAAUGUACCUUCAGUUUACAAAACCACACACACAAUACCCACCCACCCAACCACACACACUCACACACACACACACACACACACACACAAGCAACAAACAAACACACACACACAAAAAAAGCUUUUUACGUCAAUUAAACGUAUGCAGGAAUUUAAAGUUCAACUACCAGCAGAUGUUAGCCUUGGUGAAUCUCAAGAUCUGCCAUUAAAUUAUCGAAUAAAAGUAAUAUAUAGUUCUUAAGCUUAAACACACACACACACACACACACACACACAAAAGUUAAUCAAUCAAAGAGCUAUAUAACUGAUAAAUUACUGUAUGUAUACACGAUAUAUACAAAAGAAACUAAACAGUUCAAGUAUUUUUCUAAGCGCACUAUACUGACAUAUUUUUGUAAAAAGAGAAACAAACAAAAACAAAAAUGUAAUGUUAUGUAAGAUGAAGCAGCCGAGUCGUUACUGAAAUGAAUGAAUUCAUAUUUUAAAGUGUAUCCAAAGAAACCCUCAAAUAACGGACAAUGAACUUUUUGUAAAACGAACCUAAAGUGAAUGGCAUUCAUUUCAAGCUAAAACCGAAUGCAGCAUGCAGCUGUGUGUGUGAUUAUAUGUGCUAAAU